AUGAUUGGCUCAAAUACAGAAAAGCUACUAGGUACAGAAAAUCACCGAAAACUGCGGGAUUCAAGAGUUUUACUUGUUGGCGCGGGCGGUAUCGGGUGCGAGCUCUUGAAAAACCUAGUGCUGAUGGGUUUUGGAGAGAUUCAUGUUGUGGAUCUGGACACUAUCGAUCUUUCAAAUUUGAACCGUCAAUUUCUAUUCAGGCAGCGUGAUAUCAAGCAGUCGAAGGCCACUACUGCAGUGAAAGCUAUUGAACAUGUCAGCAACUCGAAAUUGGUUGCUCACCAAGCAAACAUUAUGGACGUAGAUAACUUUCCCUUGAGAUGGUUCGAUCAAUUCGCUAUCAUAUUCAAUGCCUUGGACAAUCUUGAGGCCAGGCGUUAUGUUAAUCAAAUGACUCAAUUUUUGCAUAAGCCGUUACUGGAAAGUGGGACAGCAGGUUUCGACGGAUAUAUCCAACCGAUAAUUCCUGGUUUUACGGAAUGCUUCGACUGUACCACAAAAGAGACUCCAAAAACAUUCCCAGUGUGCACAAUUAGGUCUACCCCUUCUCAACUGAUACAUUGCAUCGUUUGGGCCAAAAACUUUUUGUUUCCUCAACUUUUCGCCCCUAGCGGCUCAACCACGACAGAAGAAGACCUUGGUACCAAUAAUGCGGAAGAGAUAAAAAGAAUACAGCAGGAAACUAACGAAUUUCACGAGUUGCAAGAAUACGCAAAAGCUGGUGACGAGACUAAAAUUUCUGACAUCAUCGAAAAGAUUUUCGUUCACGACAUAGAAAAGCUUCUUAAAAUCGAAGAGUUGUGGAAAAUAAGGGAAAAGCCCACUCCAUUUUACAAUGUAGUAGUGGGAGAAUCAUUGAAUCCGAAUCUAAAUGUCGUUUGGUCCAUUCAAGAAGAAGCUAAUGCAUUCGCCCACGCAACUCGGAAGCUAAUGCGUCGCAUGGUUGUCGAAAAGCAGAUAGAGUUCGAUAAGGAUGACACAGACACUAUGGAGUUUGUAAGCACAGCGGCAAACAUUCGUGCUCAUGUCUUCAAUCUUCCUCGAAAAUCAUUGUUCGAUAUCAAGCAAAUUGCUGGUAACAUUAUCCCCGCAAUUGCCACAACAAAUGCAGUCAUCGCAGGCUUGUCUGCACUCGCAUCUCUCAGAGUAUUGAAUCUGAUCAAGAGUAAGUCUGAAAUAAAGCCGCUGGAACUGAAUAUGGCAUUUACAGCCAAAGCAAGCAAUAUUUCCAGUAACCGCUAUCUUUCCAAUCCGCAGCUGGCGCCGCCCAAUCCUCGUUGUCCAGUUUGCUCAAUAAUUCGUGGUGUAGUACAUAUACCCUCGAGUGCACUGAAGACCACCAAGCUUUCAGAUCUUAUUGAAAGCAUGAGAGACAAAUUUCUAUACCCGGGAGAUAUAUCGCUUCUAGACAAGUCUACACAACGUCUAUUGGCAGAUUAUGAUUUCGAGGAUCUUCUUGAAAAGACGCUGGCAGAAAUUAACAUAAAAUACGGCACAAUUCUUUCGAUAUCUGAUGAACGCUGUGAUGAAGAGGAAUUGCGCUCCACGUUAGAUCUUUACAUCGACAAUGGUGGCGAUUCUAGCAAUUUCGAACUUCCAGAUGUUGAAGUUCCUUUGUAUAAAGCCCUGAAAGCAGAAAACGAUGAAGAAGAAGAAGAAGUAGAAGAAAACGUAGUCCAGCAAGCCUCUACGACUGGUGAGAUUAUUGUCGAUCAAGAAGAAAAAUCUAAGAAGAGACAACUAGAUGAUGCUUGGGAACCUGCUACUAAAAUGCCCAAGAUUGACGAUGACAGUGGUGUCAUUCUCCUAGAUUAA